AUGAUCAAGAGGUUUAUUUCCAAGAUGUCCAACGUAUUAGAAACUAAAAUUCUUAAAGUUGAUCCGGCUUCAAUUCACUUCCCUGAAGAUGCUCAUUUAAACGGAUCCCUUCCAACUAUCACAGACCCAAUAAGUGAAAAAAAUCUGUUGGAGGCUGCCAAAAUCAUACGAGGUAACUUAGAACCGGUGGCAUUCCCCACAGAGACAGUUUACGGUUUAGGUGGUAGUUCUUUAAGUGAUGAAGCUGUGAAAAGCAUAUAUAGGGCAAAGAAUAGGCCUAGUGAUAAUCCCCUGAUUACACACGUCUCAUCAAUUGAUCAACUUAAUAGAAAAAUCUAUCAGGAAAAGCACAGUUCUCUUUUCCAAAAUAUUCCAAACUCUUACCAUCCUUUAAUCUCCAAGUUAUGGCCAGGUCCUUUAACAAUCCUAUUACCGGUACCACUAAAAACUAGUGCACUUUCCAAAUUGACCACAGCUGACCAACCUACCUUUGCGGUACGUAUACCUUCGAAUCCAAUUGCAAGAGCUCUGAUUGCUCUAAGUGAUACGCCUAUAGCGGCGCCCUCUGCUAAUGCUUCUACAAGACCAUCACCAACAAUGGCGUCACACGUCUACCACGAUUUGAAAGGUAGGAUUCCAUUGAUCUUGGAUGGAGGUCCAUGUAAAGUGGGUGUAGAAAGCACAGUGGUGGAUGGACUCUCUAAGCCACCCCUGUUACUACGACCAGGUGGAUUCACUUAUGAACAGAUUGUGGAGUUGGGCGGUCAAGAUUGGAAGGAUUGUAGAGUGGAACGUAGAAAAGUUGUGGCGGAAGGAGAGCAGGUAAGAACGCCAGGAAUGAAAUACAAGCAUUAUGCACCUUCUGCUAAAGUGAUACUGUUGGUGCCUAAGCCUCAAAGGACGGAUUCUGACAGAAUCGAGGAAUUGAAACGACUCAUUUCACAAGAAUUACAAAAUGAAGAUGCUAAUACCAUUAAAAAGCUUGCCAUUUUGACAAGUUUGCAUUUAGGAGCCACUGAAAUUCAAGAUUUGACUGUGGGUGACUCGAAGAUUAAACCAAUAGUGGUAAAAUUAGGUAAUACUGGUGAAGAAAUACAGGCAAAUUUAUUUGCCGCUCUCCGCCAGGUGGAUGAAAUUGAUAAUGUGAACUUAAUAUUCGUGGAGGGCAUUAGUGAAGAUCGUGAAGGUUUGGCAAUCAUGAACAGAUUGAGGAAGGCAGCUGGUGAUCACUGCGUCUCUUUUUAA